AUGGACAAUUACCCAAUCUUCUUCCCUUCUUCUUCUUCUUCGUCGUCGUUGUUGUCAUCUUCAAAUAUGCUAAAAUCUCAUGCUUUUAUGGAUAUUGAUGGUAACAAUAAUCCAACUGGGUUUCAAGGUUGGAAGAUGGAUCAUCAUCAGACCGAAGUGUUACGUUCGCAGCAGAUCAGAGAUGAUCAUCCUUCCCACGGAGGAGGAAUAAGCAGAUCUAUUAAUGUAUCGGACAGUGAGAUGAAAGGUGUUAAAAAGAAAGGUGAAAAGAAGAUUAGAAAGCCGAGAUAUGCUUUCCAAACAAGGAGCCAUGUUGAUAUACUUGACGAUGGUUAUAGAUGGAGGAAAUACGGACAGAAAGCCGUGAAGAACAAUAAAUUUCCCAGAAGUUACUAUAGAUGUACACAUCAGGGGUGCAACGUGAAAAAACAAGUGCAACGCUUAUCCAAAGACGAAGGGAUUGUUGUCACAACAUAUGAAGGCAUGCAUACUCAUCCAAUUGAGAAGUCUACCGACAACUUUGAACAUAUCUUAAAUCAAAUGCAAAUCUACACUGCCUUUUAAAUCUCUAUUUUCUGUUUUUUUUUUU